GUUUAAUUUCAUUGUAUCCUUGUCACAAAAUGGCAAAAAGUAUUUAUGAAUAUGUUCGAAAUUUUGAAUUAAUGGAUCAGUGUCUUCCAUCAACCUGGAUUGUUGUACGUUUAGAUGGACAAGGAUUUCAUAAGUUUACAACGAAGCAUAAUUUCAUUAAACCAAAUGAUUCACGUGGUCUGCUGUUAUCAGUUCGUGCAGCAGAGCGUGUUAUGCAAAGACAGAAAGAUAUUGUUUUAGCCUAUGGUCAAUCGGAUGAAUUCAGUUUUGUCUUUAGAAAAUCUACAGAAUUAUUCAACCGUCGGGCAAGCAAAAUAUCCAGUACUGUGGUUUCGUUGUUCUCCUCUUCUUAUGUUUUUGAAUGGUCGAACUUCUUCCCUGAUCCCCUACUCUAUCCACCAUCAUUCGACUCCAGAGUGAUACUUUAUCCAUCGAAUAAAACUUUACGUGAUUAUCUCAGUUGGCGUCAAGUUGACUGUCAUGUGAACAAUUUGUAUAAUACGUGUUAUUGGAAACUCGUUCAAAUUGCUGGUCUAACUGGAACAGAAGCUGAAGAACGUUUAAGGGGAACCUUAUCAAGUGAUAAAAAUGAAUUGUUAUUCUCUCAGUUCAACUGUAACUAUAAUAAUGAACCAGAAUUAUACCGUAAAGGUACCGUACUGUUCAGAAAUAAGGAAGGAAAACAUUGUACCAUUGAAAAAGCAAACAUAGACAUAAUAAAAGAUGAAUUCUGGGAUAAACAUCCUCAUAUUUUAGAAUCAGAUUGAUGCUGCUGAUGAUGAUACUCCCCGGGACAGUAUUCAGCUUACCGAGAAUCAUCUGCGUGUAUCGAUAUAUUUUUCUAUAUUUUUGUACAUUUCUUCGCAUUUGUAAACGAGCAAUACAACCAACUGUAAUCUGGUCAUAGUCAUUUUUCUUCCUGAAAAUAUCAAUAGUCCAUUAAUAUGGCGGGUGUUGGACGCCGAUAACCAUUCCUACUUAUCAGAAUCUGUGGAAUGGUGAGUAUAUAAUCAAUACACCCUCUUCCUGGUUUAAAGCCUGUCUAGUUUUCUCUGGUUUAUUUCUCCCUAGCAUCACUUAGUCUGUGAAUGAUUAUUGAACCUAGAACUUUAGAAACUAUAUUAGACGCGCUAAUCUCCC